CUUAACCCGCGCGCGGGGGCGCCCGGGCCACUGGGUUCCGCAGAGCGAGCUAGUGGUCAGUGCAAAGCCGGAGCCGCGCGCGUCCAGACCCGAGGCCGACGCCAGCACGCCGGCAUGGCCCCCGCAGCGGCGUCGGGUGGCAGUACCCUGCCCAGCGGCUUCGCGGUCUUCACCACCUUCCCGGACCUGCUUUUCAUCUUAGAGUUUGUGAGUCGCCGGCGCGCCCGCGCCUGUGCUAGGGAAGGGGCGGAAUGGUGGUGGCUGCGCGGGUCCCCGGAGAACCUGGGUAGCGAGGCCACAGUCUUUGGGGGCCUCGUGUGGAUCCUCAUUGCUUCGUCCCUGGUGCCCAUCCCCCUGGUCCAGGGCUGGGUGAUGUUUGUGUCUGUGUUCUGCUUCAUGGCCACCACAGCCCUGCUCAUCCUGUACAUAGUUGGUGCCCACGGCGGGGAGACUUCCUGGGUCACCCUGGAUGCAGCCUACCACUGUGUUGCUGCCCUGUUUUACCUCAGCGCCUCUGUCCUGGAAGCUUUGGCCACCAUCGGGAUGCAGGAGGGCUACACCUACAAACACUACCAUGAAAACAUCUCUGCUGUGGUGUUCUCCUACGUGGCCACUCUGCUGUACGUGGUCCAUGCGGUGUUUUCUUUAAUCAGAUGGAAGUCUUCGUAAAGCAGCAGAACUUUUGCCGCAAACCCCAGACGGUGUUAACUGAUCAGCCCGCCUUCCAGCGUAACAUUCUCGACGCAGAAACACUCUCGAUGCUGGAAAGAAGAAAACCAACAAACAAGCAAAAGCAACGCUCUGUUUCUUGUGGGUGUUAUGUUUACUCUCCUACAUGCCUUCAUGUCAGGGUUGGGGGCUUGCCACGUUUGACCUCCAACUACGAGCUGUCUUUCUAGAAUCAUUUCCUAUUUGGGAAAGGGGGAUGUGGGGGUGGGGAAAUGGGGAGUGUGACCACAAAACAAAGAUCCCCUGCUGACUCCCGGACCGGAUCUUUUGAACUGUCUUUUGGAAUUUUCCACAAGCCUCUUUGAGUUCUCGCCCCCCACCCCCCCGGGGCAUCCUUCCAAGACUUCAUGGAUAGUCUACCUGUCAUGGGGAGUAAAACUCACCCAACAAAUAUGUGCAGAUGUCCACGGUGGAAGAUGAUAAACCUUUGAAAUGCUUCAUAAAGUGCCUUUAUGUUCGAUA